GGCUUUCGAAGCCAGACGAGCCGAGCGUUUUACGCUGUUUCGCAUGUUUUCCGGAAUAUAACGUUACAUUUUGGACAGUUUUAAGCAGCAGCCGUUUACAGAUAAAUCUCUGAAGGGUUUUCUUCGACGCACUUAAGAUCUGUUCGUCCUCCGUCAGGUCAACUAUAAAUAUUGCAAUAUUCCCAUACAAAUACAAGUGAAGACGAGUGUUGGACCAUAAAGAAGUGAAAUCUGCACGAUUUGAGUUUGUUGCACAGAGAGAUGAUGAGUGAUCCAGAACCCAGCGGAAUUAAAAAGGAAGAACUCUGUGGAAUUAAAGAUGAAGAGUCUGAAGAACAAAUAGACAUUAUGAUGGAGAAUGGGGAGAAACAUCGUCAUGUCAGAAAAUGUCUGCCCUGCACUGAGUGUGGAAAGAGUUUAACAUCCAAACGGAAUCUAAAGCUUCAUAUGAGCAUCCACACUGGAGAAAAACCAUUCACAUGUGAUCAGUGUGGGAAGAGUUUCAGACGGUCAUCAUCUUUUAAUCAGCACAUGCUGAUCCACUCUGGAGAGAAACCAUUCACAUGUACUCAGUGUGGGAAGAGUUUCAGACUCUCAUCGUUCCUUAAUCAACACAUGAGGAUCCACACUGGAGAGAAACCGUUCACAUGUACUCAGUGUGGGAAGAGUUUCAGGCAAAAAGCAACCCUUUGGGCUCACAUGAACAUCCACACUGAAGAGAAACGACACAAGUGUGAUCAAUGCGGCAAAACAUUUGUAAGGGCUUCUGAACUGAAUGAGCACCUUAGAGUUCAUACGAAGGAGAAGCCGUAUUUAUGUUCCUUGUGUGGAAAGAGUUUUGCACAUCAAAACAAUUUAAAAACACAUGAGAAGGUGCACACUGGUGUGAGAGAGUUUGUGUGCUUUGAGUGUGAGAAGACUUUUACUACAGCUGAACAUUUGAAACUCCAUCAGAGGACUCACACGGGAGAGAAACCUUACAAGUGUUCACACUGCAACAAGGGGUUCAGCCGGUUAGGUAACCUCAGAACACAUGAGAGGGUUCACACUGGAGAGAAACCUUACAAGUGUUCGCUCUGUUACAUGAGAUUUAGCCAGCCAGAUUCCAUGAAGAUACAUGAGAGGAUUCACACUGGAGAGAAACCUUACAAGUGUUCACACUGCGACGUGACAUUUAGUCAGAUAGGAAACCUGAAAACACAUGAGAGGAUCCACACUGGAGAGAAACCUUACAAGUGUUCACACUGCGACAAGAGAUUCAGUCGGUCAGAAUGCCUGAAAAUACAUCAGAGGACUCACACUGGAGAGAAACCGUACAAGUGUUCAUACUGCAACAAGAGAUUUAAUAUGUUAGGAAACGUUAGAGCACAUGAGAGGAUUCACACUGGAGAGAAACCCUAUAAAUGUUCACACUGCGACAUGAGAUUCAAUCAGUUAGGAAACCUCAAAGUACACAAGAGGACUCACACUGGAGAGAAACUCUACUAAUGACACUGGUGCAGCAAAAUAUUUUAAUGUGUGUAAAUACUUUUAUAUCAGGAAAUAUUUGUAAAUAGUAGUGUAAAUAGUUACACAACUAGGUACUGUAUUUAAAGUAGUUACAGUAGAAAAUUACUGUUUACUUUUAGGUAAUGUAAUGUAUUGUGUGUAUUUAAAUUGCGCAUUUAUCAUGUAAGGCCAUACACCCAAAGUGCUUCACAAUCAUGAGGGAGGUCUCUCCACACCACCACUAGUGUGCAGCUCCACUUGAAUGAUGCUCCGGCAGCCACAGGACAAUGGCGCCAGUGCAAUCACAACACACUAGCUCUAGAGCAUAGGUCUCAAACUCGAUUCCUGGAGGGCCACAGCUCUGUACAGUUUUGCUCCAAUCCUUAUUAAACACAGCUGAUCCAAAUGAUCAAGCUGUUCAAGGCUACUAGAUCAGCUGUAUUUGAUUAGGGUUGGAGGAAAACUGUUCAGAGUUGUGGCCCUCCAGGAGUUGAGUUUGAGACCUAUGCUCUAGGUGGAGUGGACAGACAGUGAUAGAGCCAGUUCUGUGCAUGAAGAUGAUUGAGAGGCCUUGAUGGGUAAGGACAAAUGAAGAGAAUUUGGCCAGGACACAGGGGUUACACCCGUACUCUUUAUAAGAAGUGCCAUGGGGUUUUUAAUGACCACAGAGAGUCAGAACCUCGGUUUAACGUAUCACCCGAAUGACGGCGUCGACUGACAGUAUAGUGUCCCCUUCACGAUACUGGGGCAUUAGUACUCACACAGACCACAGGUUCAGUGCCUCCUCCUGGCCUCACCAACACCACUUCCAGCAGCAACCUAGUUUUCCCAUAUGGUCUCCCAUCCAGGCUCAGCCCUGCUUAGCUUCAGUGAGUAACCGUUCUUGGGCUGCAGGGUGAUAUGGCUGUGGCAGUUUCUGGUAAUUGCAGUAACAGUUCAUACCUGCUAAUAAAAUGCGUUUUUGUCAAUUCAAUCACAAGUGGGAAAGUGACACAUUACCUGAGGGCAGGUUGAAAGAAAGGGUAUGUAGUGAGUGGGGCAGGACUUAGCCAUGGGGAUGCAGGAGCUUACAAGCAUAAACUAUUUGCCAAACUGGACUCGAGUCUCACAGGGAAGCUUUGGAGGGAUAAAAAGAGGACUUAUGACAGUAGAUGAAGAGAGGACCAGGCAUGGGACACUUUGAAAUUAGUUUCUGUUUGUGUUGCAGUCAUUUCAUUAGGGGCUCCUGAUUUUCAUUUUGUUUUCAGUUUAAUUAAAUAUUUUAAUUAAACUUUUGCCGAUUCCUGGCUUCUUUCUUUACAUUGAGUUUUUAACCUUGU